AUGGGGGGACAGCAGGUGCGGGGUGCUGCUGGCUGUGUGCGGCCUGGAGUUUUGGGGGGGACGCACCGUCGGAAGACCCACGUGGCGCAGGUGAUCGAGGACGCAGCGGGGACGUCCGGGGACGCAGCGGGGGACGUCGGGGUUAACCCAGGUGCGGCUCAGCGCGGACACAGCAGGAACCCCGCGCCUCGCAGCAGGUGGGGCGCAUCCGAGAACCACUGGGGCCGCCCUCGGAGAACCCAGGACCGAACCCGGGCCGCCCAGGGCGCCAUGGAGGCCCGGCCCUCCCCGCACUUCUCCAUGCUGCUGCUGCGCGAGCUGCUGGCGCCACCGGGUCUGGAGACCGACCGGCCCCCAACGGGGUGCGGCUGCAGACCCAGCAGCCGCGGGACCCUGCCCGUCCCGGAGCACCUGGCCGGGUUUCUGGGUGGGUCCACGUCACCUGUGCACCAGGCCUCGGUCGCCGCCCUGUGUUUCCUCCAGGCCGGGAGGUCCCGCUGGGAUCCCAUGGCUUUGGGGUCCCUGGCCAGGGACGCCAAGGACAUGCCGGUCCCAGUCAGCCAGCGGUGCCUCGCCCUAGAGCAACCCAGGACCUCCCCGGCCCCCUCGGCCCAGCCCCAGAGGAGGCCUAGGAAGCAACCGAAUCCCCUCCGGGGCACCGAGAAGGUGGACCCUGGGUUUGAGGGGGUGACGCUGAAGUUUCAGAUAAAGCCGGAUUCCAGCCUGCAGAUCAUACCCAGCUACAGCCUGUCAUGCAGCAGCCGGGCCCCAGGACCCCCGGCAGGCCCCGCCAAGGGCCCUGAGGCUGACCAGGGAGGCGGUGACGUUCUGGGACCCCGACGCUGUGCCUCCUGCAGGACCCAGAGGACUCCACUCUGGAGAGAUGCUGAGGAUGGAACCCCACUCUGCAAUGCUUGUGGUAUCAGGUACAAAAAAUACGGUACCCGAUGCUCCACCUGUUGGCUGGUACCCAGGAAGAAUGUUCAGCCCAAGAGGCUUUGUGGUCGAUGUGGGGUGUCCCUAGGUGCCUACCAUGGCCCAGCUCAGCAAGGGGAUCCUGGUUGCAAGACUCUGGCCUCAGGCUCCAGAGCCCCUCAGGGAAAAGAAGAAGCUGAGGGCCCUGUCCCAGGGGGCCAUGGACCCCCUCCUCAGUCUGUGCUCCAGAUGCCGUGGACUGUACCUCCCCCCAGGAAAUUAUCUCAGCAUCAAUAA